CCCACGAUGGAGAAGUCAAGGAUGCUGCUGCUGUGUGUGUGUUUGACCUUCAUGUCUCUGAGCUGCACCCAGGAGCUAAACGCUACAGUGACAAGUAACAACACGGACUCAUCCAGUACCACCCCACCUGCAUUAUCAACAACAACACAACUGUCCAACCACACCUCGACUCCCGUGACCUCCGACAGCAACAACAUUGUAACCACCAUGGCCUCCUCUCCCUCCACCUCAGCUCUGUCGACGGCCUCCGUUACACCCUCCACCUCUCGGCCUCCUCCGACUGAGACUGAGACUAAAACUGCAACGACUUCGGCUACGACCACAAAAGGAGGGUCUGCCUCUAUGACGGGCUCCUGCAGUCACUUGUUAGUGCCAGUUGUUUCCGUCCUCCUCUACUGUGCAGAGGGCUGAGAGGGCACAGAUUCAGCUUUUCAAAAUCUCAACCUCUUUUUUUAAUCCGCUGAAAAAAUAGUGACAGUCACACUUUUUUUUUGUUAUUAAGUGCUUUGUUUGCAAUGAGCUUAUUUCCACUUUUGAUCAGAAAGGUUCCACAAGGUACCAAUAAACAAUGUACAACCACAUGCUUCACAUAUCUAAACUAUACUUCAAUCACAAAGAGGGAAACAGAAACACAAGGAUAAGAUGUUUCUCAACAGGUUUUAAAGGAUUAAUUGUUUUUUUAUUCAAAACACAUUUUCCUAAAUGUAUUAGUGGAAAACUCAAGUGCAGAAUGUAAAAAAACAGAUUAGAAACCUGGAGGGAGGUGUGAGAAGAACUGGAUGAAUCCUGUAUAAAGUUAACUUCUUACAACAACUGAUAAGAACGGUGGAGUUCAUGCUGCCACCCUAUUUGCACUUUUAGUUUUGAAAAAAUGAAGGGUCAUUCAAAUGCAUGUCAUGUUUUUUGUUUUGUGUCUUCUGUUUUCCAUCGGGUGAUCUCUGCAUACUGAC